AACAAUAAAAAAUCUGUUGACUUCACUUUUUUCAAUAUUCAAUCGUAAAUUAUUUCCCGUCACUUUUUCCCACCCUCAUUUAAAAAUACAAUCCCAGCCGGCCGCUUCAUGAUUGAGCAGGCUCUCGGCCGGCCCCAACCUCCAUGGAUAUUCUGCAGCCCUCAAACUUCACCUCCAAAUCCUUUAUAUUCAUUACCAUUACUCCGUCUCGAUUCACAAAUCCAUCCAUCAACCAAUCAUAUCAUGAGGCAGCCGGGGAUUUACUCGGGGAUCCUGUCGAGCGGGAGAAAGGAGCCGCACUCGCUGCCCUUGGCGAGGAUAAAGAAGAUCAUGAAGAGAUCCGGAGACGACGUCAAGAUGAUCUCCGGAGAGGCGCCCAUCGUGUUCGCCAAGGCCUGCGAGCUCUUCAUCGAAGAGCUAGCUCGCCGCUCAUGGAACGUCGCCGUACAGGGCAAGAGGAGGACGCUGCACAGGGAGGACGUGGCCUCUGCUGUGGCCGCCACCGAGGUUUUUGACUUCCUUGUAGGGUUGGUCGCUGAUGAUGAUCAUAAUAACGGCGGCGGCGGCGGCGGCGGCGCAAGCCGGAGUAACAGUGCCAACUCGUCGGCCGGAGGGGCCUUAAAUUAAUAGACUGUUGAGAUGGAUGUGUAUGUCUAACUGGGCUUGCUCGUAUAUGGACUGACUUUGACUAGUAACAAUAUGCAUAUGGUCGUCACAAGGCUACAAUGCAAUUAAUUUGAUUGUAAUUUAUUUUUUCUGACUCUAAUCAUAUUUAAUUUCGUUUUUUUUAUGUCCUGUAAUUUUAUGGUACGUUGGGUAAAUCUAUUUACUUUCAAUCUUUAUGAUCAAUAUUGUAAACUUAUUUAAGCAUUUCCAACAAUAUUCGGAAUAAAGGAUUUUUUCCUAA